GGCCGAUUGCGCUAUAAGCAAAGUUUGCUUUCUGUACUUUUGGUUUCCAUUGUGUAAUUGUCUAUAAAUCUAUUACUAUGUCAAAUGUUACUUAAAUAUAAAACUGCAUUAUCUAUAAAAUAAAUCAAAAGGCGUGCAGCCAUGUCGCUGCCGCCGUACCUUCUGGGGCCCAACCCCUGGGCCACCAUGAUGGCACAACAGCAGCUGGCGGCGGCGCAACAGGCCGCACUGCAGGCCCACGCCGCCGCCGCUGCUGCUGCUCCACCGGUGCCGCCAUCGCAGCCCCCCAAAUCACAUCACAUACCGGAAGAAAAGAUCAAAGAAAAAUCUCAAAAAUGGCUCCAACUCCAAUCAAAGCGUUUCUCAGAAAAGCGCAAAUUCGGAUUUGUGGAUGCUCAAAAAGAGGACAUGCCACCAGAACACAUCAGAAAAAUCAUCCGUGACCAUGGUGACAUGACUAGUCGCAAAUACCGACAUGACAAAAGAGUGUAUCUUGGGGCAUUGAAAUAUAUGCCUCAUGCUGUAAUGAAGCUUCUUGAGAACAUGCCCAUGCCAUGGGAGCAAAUCAGAGAUGUAAAAGUCUUAUACCAUAUUACUGGCGCUAUCACAUUUGUGAAUGAAAUCCCAUGGGUUAUUGAGCCAGUAUAUAUUGCACAGUGGGGAACAAUGUGGAUUAUGAUGCGUAGAGAAAAACGAGAUCGUAGGCAUUUCAAACGCAUGAGGUUCCCUCCUUUUGACGAUGAAGAACCUCCUUUGGACUAUGCUGACAACAUCUUGGAUGUAGAACCUUUAGAACCAAUCCAAAUUGAUUUGGACGCUGAUGAAGAUGGAGCUGUGGGGUCCUGGUUUUAUGACCACAAGCCAUUAUUGAAUACAAAACAUGUAAAUGGUUCAACAUACAGACGUUGGAACUUAACAUUACCACAGAUGGCGACUCUGUAUCGUCUUGCUAAUCAAUUGCUGACUGACUUGGUAGAUGAUAAUUAUUUCUACCUGUUUGAUUCCAAGAGUUUCUUCACUGCUAAAGCCUUGAAUAUGGCAAUACCGGGUGGACCAAAGUUUGAACCUUUAGUUAAAGACAAUUCUGCUGGAGAUGAAGACUGGAAUGAAUUUAAUGAUAUUAACAAAAUCAUUAUUCGUCAACCAAUAAGAACUGAGUAUAGGAUUGCUUUCCCAUACUUGUACAACAACCUGCCUCAUUUUGUGCAGCUGUCUUGGUAUCACACGCCCAAUGUGGUCUACAUUAAAACAGAAGACCCUGAUCUCCCAGCAUUCUACUUUGAUCCCCUCAUUAAUCCCAUUUCUCAUCGACAUUCGGUGAAGUCUCUAGAUCCAGUGCCUGAGGAGGAAGAGUUUGUUCUACCGGAAGAGGUGACUCCUUUCUUACAGGAGACUGCACUGUACACAGAUAACACAGCUAACGGAAUUUCUCUACUGUGGGCGCCCAGACCCUUCAAUACGCGAUCAGGUCGAACUCGUCGCGCUAUUGAUGUGCCAUUGGUAAAGACUUGGUACAAGGAGCAUUGUCCCCCAGGACAACCAGUAAAAGUCAGAGUGUCAUAUCAAAAACUACUGAAGUACUAUGUGCUCAAUUCUCUAAAGCACAGACCACCAAAGCCACAGAAAAAAAGAUACUUGUUCCGCUCGUUUAAAUCUACAAAGUUCUUCCAAACUACAACAUUGGACUGGGUUGAGGCUGGGCUUCAAGUGUGCCGCCAAGGCUACAAUAUGCUCAAUCUGUUGAUUCACCGGAAGAAUCUGAACUACCUUCAUUUGGACUAUAAUUUCAACUUGAAACCAGUGAAGACUCUCACUACUAAAGAGAGAAAGAAGUCUCGAUUUGGAAAUGCAUUCCAUUUAUGCCGUGAGAUCCUCCGGCUCACAAAACUGAUCGUUGACUCACACGUUCAAUAUCGUCUCAACAACGUGGACUCGUUCCAAUUGGCUGACGGUCUACAGUACAUAUUCGCCCACGUUGGUCAGCUAACUGGCAUGUACCGAUACAAGUACAAGCUAAUGAGACAGAUCAGAAUGUGCAAGGAUUUGAAGCAUCUGAUAUACUACCGGUUCAAUACGGGUCCGGUGUCUAAAGGUCCUGGCUGUGGUUUCUGGGCACCGGGCUGGCGUGUUUGGCUAUUCUUCAUGCGUGGUAUUACGCCGCUACUUGAGCGCUGGCUCGGUAAUUUGCUGUCCAGGCAGUUUGAGGGCAGACAUUCCAAGGGUGUUGCCAAAACGGUGACAAAGCAGCGUGUCGAAUCUCACUUCGACCUGGAGCUGCGCGCUUCUGUCAUGCACGACAUCGUGGAUAUGAUGCCUGAAGGUAUCAAACAGAACAAAGCCAGGACAAUCCUGCAGCAUCUGUCUGAAGCGUGGAGAUGUUGGAAGGCGAAUAUACCUUGGAAGGUACCAGGUUUGCCGACCCCUAUAGAGAACAUGAUUCUCCGCUACGUAAAGAUGAAGGCGGACUGGUGGACAAACACUGCACAUUACAACCGCGAGCGUAUACGUCGUGGCGCUACUGUCGACAAGACUGUUUGCAAGAAGAACCUCGGUCGUCUCACCAGAUUGUACCUCAAAGCCGAACAGGAGCGUCAGCAUAAUUAUCUAAAGGACGGUCCGUACAUCUCUCCCGAAGAAGCUGUAGCCAUUUACACAACAACCGUUCACUGGCUUGAAUCGCGUCGUUUCGCACCAAUACCAUUCCCACCCCUGUCAUACAAGCACGACACAAAGCUGCUGAUUCUAGCGCUCGAGCGGCUAAAGGAGGCGUACAGCGUCAAGUCCAGAUUGAAUCAGAGCCAAAGGGAAGAACUUGGGCUUAUUGAGCAGGCUUAUGAUAAUCCGCACGAAGCUCUUUCGAGAAUUAAGCGUCAUUUACUUACGCAGAGGACAUUCCGAGAGGUGGGUAUCGAGUUUAUGGAUCUCUACUCCCACUUGGUUCCCGUGUACGAUGUAGAGCCCCUGGAGAAGAUCACUGACGCAUAUCUGGACCAGUAUCUGUGGUAUGAAGCUGACAAACGGAGAUUACUGCCGCCGUGGGUGAAACCAGCAGAUACAGAGCCCUCGCCGUUACUUGUUUACAAAUGGUGUCAGGGUAUAAACAAUCUGCAAGAUGUCUGGGAAGUAGGCGAGGGCGAGUGUAACGUACUCCUGGAAUCACGGUUCGAGAAAUUAUACGAGAAAAUCGAUUUGACACUGCUAAAUAGAUUACUCCGUUUAAUUGUGGAUCACAACAUCGCUGAUUAUAUGACUGCAAAGAACAAUGUUGUUAUCAAUUAUAAGGACAUGAACCACACAAAUUCCUAUGGCAUCAUACGUGGUUUGCAAUUCGCGUCAUUCAUCGUCCAGUACUACGGCUUAGUACUGGAUCUACUGGUGCUGGGGUUACAGCGCGCUAGUGAGAUGGCUGGACCACCGCAGCUGCCAAACGAUUUUCUAUCCUAUCAAGACAGGCAGACUGAAACAGCACACCCUAUUAGGCUGUACUGCAGAUACGUGGACAGGAUUCACAUAUUCUUCCGAUUCACGGCUGAGGAAGCUCGCGAUCUGAUCCAGAGGUACCUAACGGAGCAUCCCGACCCCAACAACGAGAACAUCGUCGGCUACAACAACAAGAAAUGUUGGCCCCGCGACGCGCGCAUGAGACUCAUGAAGCACGAUGUUAAUCUUGGUCGCGCCGUAUUUUGGGACAUAAAGAAUCGCUUGCCGCGUUCUGUAACAACUAUACAAUGGGAGAAUAGCUUUGUAUCUGCAUACUCAAAGGACAAUCCCAACCUGCUCUUCAAUAUGGCCGGGUUUGAAUGCAGGAUACUGCCUAAAUGCCGCAGCCAACACGAAGAACUCUCACAUCGAGACGGAGUAUGGAAUUUGCAAAAUGAGGUAACAAAAGAGCGAACCGCGCAAUGUUACCUUCGGGUCGAUGACGAGUCUCUCGCGCGCUUCCACAACCGAGUACGGCAAAUUCUGAUGGCUUCAGGUUCUACCACGUUUACGAAAAUCGUUAAUAAAUGGAACACGGCACUUAUUGGUCUAAUGACAUACUUCCGUGAAGCAGUAGUAAACACACAGGAGCUCCUCGAUCUGCUAGUGAAGUGUGAGAACAAGAUACAGACCCGUAUCAAGAUUGGUCUAAACUCCAAAAUGCCCUCGCGUUUCCCGCCCGUCGUCUUUUACACACCUAAGGAGCUGGGCGGGCUCGGCAUGUUGUCUAUGGGACAUGUAUUGAUUCCACAGUCUGAUCUCCGCUGGUCGAAACAAACAGAUGUUGGCAUCACUCAUUUCCGUUCGGGUAUGUCCCACGACGAAGACCAACUGAUUCCCAACUUGUACCGCUACAUCCAGCCGUGGGAAGCAGAGUUUGUCGACUCACAGCGAGUUUGGGCGGAAUACGCGCUCAAACGCCAAGAAGCUAAUGCUCAGAAUAGACGUCUCACUCUGGAGGAUUUGGAAGAUUCAUGGGACAGAGGCAUUCCAAGGAUCAACACACUCUUCCAAAAAGAUAGACAUACCCUCGCUUAUGACAAAGGCUGGCGUAUACGAACAGAAUUCAAGCAGUACCAAGUGCUCAAGCAGAAUCCGUUCUGGUGGACGCACCAGCGUCACGACGGCAAGCUGUGGAACUUAAACAACUACCGUACCGACAUGAUCCAAGCCCUCGGCGGAGUUGAAGGCAUCCUCGAGCACACACUCUUCAAGGGCACAUAUUUCCCAACAUGGGAAGGUCUUUUCUGGGAGAAAGCGUCAGGUUUCGAAGAGUCAAUGAAGUACAAGAAGUUAACGAACGCGCAGCGAUCCGGUUUGAACCAAAUCCCGAACCGUCGUUUCACAUUGUGGUGGUCGCCCACUAUUAAUCGCGCCAACGUAUACGUCGGUUUCCAGGUACAACUGGAUUUGACAGGCAUAUUCAUGCACGGCAAAAUCCCGACGCUGAAGAUAUCGCUCAUCCAGAUCUUCAGGGCUCACUUGUGGCAGAAAGUGCACGAAUCAAUUGUCAUGGACUUGUGUCAGGUGUUUGAUCAAGAGCUCGACGCGCUUGAGAUUGAGACAGUGCAGAAGGAAACCAUUCAUCCUCGUAAAUCGUACAAGAUGAACUCGUCUUGUGCCGACAUACUACUCUUCUCUGCAUACAAAUGGAACGUGUCCAGGCCGUCACUACUAGCCGACACCAAAGAUACAAUGGACAACACGACGACUCAGAAAUACUGGCUGGAUAUUCAACUGCGGUGGGGUGACUACGAUUCACAUGACGUGGAGAGAUACGCGCGCGCAAAGUUCCUGGACUACACCACAGACAACAUGUCCAUUUAUCCAUCACCAACGGGCCUACUCAUCGCCAUCGAUCUCGCGUACAAUCUGCACAGUGCAUACGGCAACUGGUUCCCUGGCUGCAAACCCCUCAUCCAACAAGCUAUGGCGAAGAUAAUGAAAGCCAAUCCUGCCCUCUACGUACUCCGGGAGCGUAUCCGUAAAGCUCUGCAGCUUUAUUCUUCGGAGCCCACUGAACCGUAUCUCUCGAGUCAGAACUACGGUGAACUGUUCUCUAACCAGAUCAUUUGGUUUGUCGACGAUACGAACGUAUAUCGCGUAACGAUCCACAAGACGUUCGAGGGCAACUUGACUACAAAGCCCAUCAACGGUGCCAUCUUCAUCUUCAACCCGCGCACCGGCCAGCUGUUCCUCAAGAUCAUCCACACGAGCGUAUGGGCGGGACAAAAACGUCUGGGACAGCUCGCCAAAUGGAAGACUGCUGAGGAAGUGGCUGCGCUCAUUCGUUCCUUGCCAGUGGAGGAGCAGCCUAAACAGAUUAUUGUCACCAGAAAGGGAAUGUUGGAUCCACUUGAGGUCCACUUGCUGGAUUUCCCGAACAUCGUGAUCAAAGGGUCCGAGUUACAGCUGCCGUUCCAGGCAUGUCUCAAGGUGGAGAAGUUUGGUGAUCUGAUUCUGAAGGCCACAGAGCCGCAGAUGGUGUUGUUCAACUUAUAUGAUGAUUGGCUGAAGACUAUAUCGUCGUACACUGCGUUCAGUCGUCUCAUUCUUAUCCUACGAGCGCUCCACGUGAACACUGAACGUACCAAAGUCCUAUUGAAGCCGGACAAGACGACUCUUACCGAGCCACACCAUAUCUGGCCGACAUUGUCAGACGAUGACUGGAUAAAAGUGGAAGUUCAACUUAAAGAUCUCAUAUUGGCGGACUACGGCAAAAAGAACAACGUGAACGUGGCGUCACUAACUCAAUCUGAGAUUCGUGAUAUAAUCCUUGGUAUGGAAAUAUCGGCUCCGUCCGCACAACGCCAACAAAUUGCCGAAAUCGAAAAGCAGAGUAAGGAGCAGAGUCAACUGACGGCAACCACCACCAGGACUGUCAACAAACACGGCGAUGAGAUCAUAACUUCUACCACCAGCAACUAUGAGUCGCAGACAUUCAGUUCGAAAACAGAAUGGCGCGUGCGAGCAAUAUCUGCAACGAACCUACAUUUACGCACCAACCACAUUUAUGUGAGCUCCGAUGACAUCAAGGAGAGUGGAUACACUUACAUUCUACCAAAGAAUUUACUCAAGAAGUUUGUCACCAUUUCUGAUUUAAGAGCACAGAUCGCUUGCUACUUAUACGGCACGUCACCUGCGGAUAAUCCGAUGGUGCGCGAAGUGCAGUGUGCGGUGGUUGUGCCACAGUGGGGCACUCACCAGCAAGUGCACUUGCCGCGUCAACUGCCGCGCCAUCCCGCACUCGCGCAUCUCCAACCACUCGGCUGGAUGCACACGCAGCCUAACGAACUGCCGCAGCUCUCUCCGCAGGACAUAACAACACACGCUAAAAUAAUGGCUGAAAAUCCAUCCUGGGAUGGUGAGAAGACCAUAAUCAUCACGUGUUCCUUCACGCCCGGCUCGUGUUCGCUCACCGCAUACAAACUCACCCCCAGCGGUUACGAAUGGGGCGCCCGGAAUACGGACAGGGGUAAUAAUCCUAAGGGAUACCUGCCUAGCCAUUAUGAGAGGGUACAGAUGCUGUUGUCAGAUAGGUUCCUAGGAUACUUCAUGGUUCCAUCACAAGGCAGUUGGAAUUACAAUUUCAUGGGGGUUCGUCACGAUCCAAACAUGAAGUACGGCGUUCAGUUAGGCAACCCUCGCGAGUUCUACCACGAGGUACACCGGCCAGCUCAUUUUAUGAACUUCGCAGCGAUGGAAGACGCCACUGCGCCAACGCUCGCAGCAGACAGAGAAGACCUUUUCGCAUAGUUUAGUUGCAUUUCGUUCUACAUAGAAACAAAUGUAUAUUAUAUUUUAAGAGAAAUAAAUUGUAAUAAAUUUUUCA